AUGGGUGCAAUCGAGAAUGCAGUUAAUUAUUUGAAUUUCUUGGGAGAAGACAAACCGAUUAAUUUCACUUUAGUUGCAAAAAUGUAUGGUGUUGAUCGGACUACGCUCUCGAGAAGAUACCGAGGCGUUACGGGCUCGAAAGAAGCACAUUACGAUAAUCAACGAUUACUCAACGACCACCAAUCCAAAAAGCUUAUACAAUGGAUAGAAAUCCUCUGCGAAAAAGGCCUGCCACCUACGCCCUAUAUGAUUGCAAAUUUUGCGCAUGAGAUAACUGGUAGAAAUCCUGGAAAGAACUGGGCUUCUCGCUGGUUAAACAAGCAUCCAAAUGCGUUGGUUUCUCGCUAUUCUACAGGCAUUGACCGCAACCGAAAAAGAGCAGAUUGCGCCUGGAGUUAUGCUCUCUAUUUUGAGCUUAUAAGUCGCAAGAUUGAGCAGUAUAAUCUUCAGCCAAAUCAAAUUUACAAUAUGGAUGAAAAGGGCUUUGCGAUUGGGAUUAUGACAAGUCAAAAAAGAGUCUUUUCUCGGCGAUUAUAUGAAAAGAAGUUCAAGCAAUUUCUUCAAGAUGGGAAUAGGGAGUGGAUUACUACAAUUGCUUGUAUUUGCGCAGAUGGAACUGUUAUCUCUCCAGCUUUAAUCUAUAUGGCCAAAUCCAAUAAUCUACAGGAUUCCUGGUUUCAAGAUCUUACUAUGCAAAAAUGCUACUUUGCAGCUUCUGAAACAGGAUGGACAAAUAGUGAGAUUGGUUAUCAUUGGUUGGAGGAAGUUUUUGAGAAAGAAACAAGAUCUCAAGCAAGCCGGGGAUGGCGCCUACUGAUUCUUGAUGGUCACAAUUCUCACGUCAAUAUGAGAUUUAUUGAAUAUUGUGAAAAAAAUAGAAUCUUAUUGGCAAUAUUUCCUGCGCAUGCAACGCAUACUUUACAGCCUCUUGACGUCGGCUUAUUUGCACCUCUUGCCACCAAUUACACCAAGGCUUUAUAUAAGUUUCUUGAAGAAACUCAAGGGAUAAGCCGUCUUACUAAACGCGACUUUUUUCGACUUUUUUGGGCGAGUUGGGAGAUCUCUUUUACUAAGAAAAAUAUCAACUCUGGCUUCAAAAGCACAGGUUUGGUUCCUUUCAAUCUGGAGGUGGUUUUACAGCGUUUUAAUCAGAAAUCUGAAAGCCGGCCAUCCUCAGCUGGUUCUACAGCUUCAAUUCUUUUGCCUGAAGAGUGGAGGGAUAUUCGCAAACUUCUUAGAAAGAUUGGAGGCAAAAAUCCUAGCAGAGACUUCAAAAUGCUAAGUAAUACAGUUAUGGAGCUUACUACAGAGGUUAUACUACUUAGAUUGCAACUUGCAAGCGCAGAAAAGGCUCUGUUGAAUGAAAAGAGGCGCCGGAUUAGGAAAAAGCCAUUAUUAUUAGGUUUACCUAAUGAAAAUGAAGGUGGUGCGAUAUUUUUUAGCCCUUCAAAGAUUCAGCAGGCCCGAGAACUACAACAACAAAAAGAGGAUCAAGCCAAGCAGGAAAGAGCUAAGAAAGAAGAAAAAAAGCUUCAACAACAGCUUGCAAAGGAAGCUAAAGAGAAAGAAAAGCAAGAAAGGGCUCUGUCGUGCCGAAACGCGCUAGGUUUGAUAUUCACGUUCCGACAGGCUCAAAUCCGUCAACAAAAGCGAGAAGAACGCGUGCAAGAAGCUGCCGAAAAACAAGGCCAAAAACUCGAGGAAAAACUAGCCAAGCAAGCUGAUUUGCAGCUUCAAAAAGGUAUCCUAGCUACGCCAAAUUUCCCUAUGAGUCAAACGAACCCAAAUUCAAGGAAAUUAAAGCGCAAACAGAGUAGUGACGUCGACGAGGAGGUUAUUGAUGAGGUUAUUGCUACGAAUCCCUCACUGCAAUUGGUGCCAGCAGCACGUAUCCUCCCUUCUCGAACUAGCCAUGGCUCACUUAGUGGCCAGCUCGCCCUCCUUUUCCACAGAGUAGAUACGGGACAAUGGACCCCUCUUGGCUUAUUCCCAUUAUUGAUGGAAGUUAUGGAAUCGAAGCAAGACACCACUAUUUGGGAAUGGGUUUACCUUACAACUGAGUUUGCGGGGGAUCGUUUGCGAGAAACAUCCAGUGUAUCGUGCUCUAAUCUAGCACUGGAACCAGUUCUGGGGCAAGUCAUAAAAAGUAUUAGUGUGGCAGAGGCGCGAGCAACAGCGGCCGAAGAACAUAUGAAACAACUCAAAGUCCGAAUGGAGCUUGCCUGGAAGGUACUCCCUGAUCUGAUUGAGUCUAUGGGGAGAGAUGCAGCUACAGCCGUUCAAUCUUUGUUCGCAGAUUUUCAAAGCGAGACAGAACUGCCUAGUGACGAUCGACAAGAAAACAAGGUAUUACAGACGCCCGAACUACUGGAAGAGAUCCUACUUGACCUUCCUAUGCUUGAUCUCCUCCACUGCCAAUGUGUCUGUAGGCAAUGGAAAGGGGUGAUAGAGUCGUCGCCUAGAUUACAGCAAGCUCUCUGUUUUCGCCCAACGCCAAUUGGUAGAAAGCAUAGCGAGAUUGGCUUGUGUCAACCAGAUCGACCGACAAAUGUCUUCAAUCCUCUUCUACAGGAAGUCUUUAUCGAGUGGUUUACUGCAUCCAGCUACUUCAAUCCAAGAACCAGAGACGGCAGAGAGCAUGUCGCAUACAUCCCCGUGCUCAGAGACAAUCCGGAACGAUUCACGAGGCCAGAGGCGUCAUGGCGUCGUAUGCACUUCCAGCAAUGGGCUCUACCCAGUGAAGAAACUUUGGUCUGUUUUAAGAGAAGCGCCGGCGGCUUUCCAUACGAUUGGAUUUCAAUUGCGAGUGAUUCCAAAAUGGGAGAUAUCUAUGACCGCGUUAAGAAUUUAGCACCCAAACCACGCCGCGAGGAUCUACAAUGGUUCUAUUUUAUGCCACCAGGUUCACAGCUGAAGCCCCGUUUUGGUCUUCAAUCUGAACAAUUGGUGCAAAAGCAGUGGUCGAACCGCGAAUUUUGGUGUGAAAAGUAUUUUGGCAUGGUGGAGAAUGAGAAGUUAAGCGUCGAGGAGAGGAAAACCCGAGAAUCUUGGUGUGAGAAGCAUCCCAGGCGGACCAGAAGGGAAAUUGAAUGGCUGCACAGCGAUCUGUGGCGGUAUAUCCCUACCUCGCGCUGGUUUAUGUCACACUCCCAUUUCUCCCAGCCAUUCCCUACAUGUGUCAGAUAUUUUUAGCCUGUUCUUAACGGUCAAUAUUAAUCGAUUUUAUUGGAGUC